AGCGACCCGGACAGCGUGUCUUUCUGCGUCCUGGCCAUGGAUGAGGAGUUCGAGUGUGACAUCGCUCUGCAGAUCCACUUCACCCUCAUCCAGUCUUUCUGCUUCGACAACGACAUCAGCAUCGUCAGAGUGAGCGACAUGCAGCGUCUGGCUGAGAUUGUUGGUGACAAGGCGGAGCAGCUUGAAGACGCGCACUGCGUCCUCAUCACGAACCCAACUGAUGGGUCUUGGGAGGACCCUGCUCUGGAGAAGCUGCACCUGUUCUGUGAGGAGAGCCGCCGUCUGAACGACUGGGUCCCUGAGAUCAGCCUCCCCGAGCGCUGA